UUGCUGGAGACCAAUCAACGGCGGACCUCCUGCGGUAGCGAGCUGGGACGAGGAACGACGGGGAAUGACGAUUUGGGGCCUGGCGCGUUGACUGGCGACGGGGACUGGCGGCGGGCGAUGGCGACAGGCGAUGGCUACGAGGGACGGCGACGGGGAACAACGACGACGGUGACUGACCUUUCUCUUGAGUUCCUUCAAUCCGGAGAAGAGGGAGAUGUGGUACUAGACAGCGUCAUUCUUGGACAAAUCAGAAAUGGCGGCGGCUUCAUCGACAGCGUACACAAGAAUCAAGGGAUAGCGUACCUCGCCGAAGCCAGAUGGUUUGCUGAAGGGAAAGUGCCAUCAGUAGAGGAAUACAGGAAGGUUGGUGUUUAUUCUUGCGCUUACCCAUCUUUAGCAUGCUCAACCCUCUGCGGUAUGGGCGAAAAGGCACCAAAGGAAGCGUUCGAUUGGUUGUUCUCGGAACCGAAGAUCCUCGUUGCCAUCUCUAAUCACUGUAGUAUUAUGGAUGACAUCAUAUCUCACGAAACUACUUCCCGGCGAAGUAGUGUGGUCCUCGCAAUAAAAGACGCUGACGCACAGCUGAUCGCCAAACGCCCGAAGAAAUCAUCGACGUCGCAGUUCAUUUCUUCUCUCUCCGGUUUCACUUCUGAUUCAUCAAGCGAUCGCAAGCGCUCCACAACGGAGGCCACCGCAGAGUCGGCUGUUGCCGUGGACGUGGUGGGAUACAGAUUCCAUCCUCGCGAUGAUGAACUCGUGAAUCACUAUUUACGUCGCAAGUUACUCAACCUGAGUACUGGUCGUGUUUCCAUACCUGAGAUCAAAGUCUAUUCUUUUGAUCCUUGGGAUUUACUCGGUUUGGUGGACAAUAAGCUUGACGAGUGGAUUUUUUAUUGUUAUUGUCCGCGUGAUUACAAAUAUGUCAACAGCAAAAGAUCCAAUAGAACCACAAAAAGUGGUCAUUGGAAACCCACAGGCAAGAUCCGUGAAGUAAAGAUUAAGAGAACCAAGAAAAAGAUUGGUAUUAAGAAGACUUUGGUUUUCUAUAAAAAGGGGAUAGGUUAUCCGAGAGGAAUCAUCACAGAGUAUGUAAUGCACGAAUACGAGUACAUAGCGGAUCCAAACUCACCACAUAAGGAAAAUUUCACCCUUUGCAAAUUGAAGAGGAAGAGAGAUAAAAGGAUCAAUAAAGAUCAUGACAAACUAAACAGUAUUGUGACUAUGGAUUCUAGUCUUGAUCAAUGUCACCCUAUUUCUGAUGUUGAAAAAACGAGCCGUAGUUACCGGGGGCCUAAUGCUUUUGACUGUGAAAAUCAAAGAUCACCUUUAUUGGGAGGUAAUGGGUGUUUGAACCAACAACAGACUACUUGUGAUAGUAGUGAGGCAAGCCACCCGGUGGUUUCUGAUUUUGGAAAUCAAAUGUCACCUUUGGAAAAAGGUGAUGGUGAUGAUACUGUUGAGCAAGGUUCGUGCGAGUACAGUGAAGCCAAUUGUAUGCGGGUUUCUGAUUUCUUAAACCCCAUCACACCUCUACAGACAAGUUAUCAAGUUGGUUGUGAACAUGGUGAGGCAAAUUGCCUAAUGGCUUCUGAUUCAGGCAGUCAUGUAUCACCACUUAAAGACGACGGAUGCUCGACUUUGCUGACACCAUCUAGUUUGGAAAGUCAUUCAGUUUUCGAGAAUGUUAAACUGGGUCAUUUGAUGGAUUCUGUUAGUGGAAUCAGCCCGCGGCAGACCGCGCAAGCAGAACAACCAACUCCUUUCGAAAGGGAACUUUACAGUUCAGGAGCACCAAGUCCUGAAGUAGAGAACCAGAAGCUUUCUGAGAACCCCUUCCUUACUGCAACUGAGUGGGGUGACUGCUUCCAUUCUGCAUUUCCAGAGAUAAACCCAGAAUUGGUUGAUCUAAUGUUGACCUACCCUCCAGAAAGCAUAUUCUGACUCGUCCCUCUGCCAGCCAGUCUGGAACUUGUAGAGUGAUAUCUCUAUGAUGGCCGCCAUCUAUAUAUGUGUUGAGUAUUGUUCAAAACAAAGUAUAUUCUACUACCUAUUUCAGGAAUCUUGAUAUGUGCUGAUUUCACAUAAUGUGAACUAGGCUGUUCAUUUAGGCACUUUGUAUAUUCAUAUUUCUAUUUGGUUAAAUGUACUGAUGAUAAAUGUGUAAGUAAGCUAUGUAAUGUACAGCUUUGCUUGUUUGUUACUGAGCAGUUUCCAGGAGCACAUAUUCUUAUGAAUUACACUGGUUUGAAUCAAUGUGAUUCAACAACGUGCGAGAGGCAUUCAUGUUCUUCUUCUUAAAUUCCAGUUUAUCAGAGUGAAAAAUUACAGCUUGGCUUAGUACUUUGGUCAAAACCUAGAGAGUGCUGACUUCCAUUUCAGUACAAAUUGCUUAUUGAUGAACAU